GUCCACGAAAUGGAAACACACUUUGGUCCAAUAUGGCCAUUCAACAUUGCUGUGUUAUCAUUCUUUGGAGCUGCGGUCACCAAUUGGUUUCAUAUUGUAAUUCGAGGUGCUUACGAUUACCUGCUGGAUAAAGACUAUUUCACCAACAAAUCUCAUAUGGAACUUGAUGAACGUCAGCAAACAGACAAACACAGAAACGAAAACUGA